GUGGUCAGACUUUGGUCUUCAUAAUGCCCAAUGUCGUCUGCUUUGUUCCUUAUAGUGGAACUAGCCCUCAGCCAGCUGAACUAACUUUGACAGUUGUUGUUGAUUUGCAAAUUUAGACACGUCGGCAGGUUAAAUCCUCGAGAAAGUGGAUAGUGAAAUGACAUUUCUAUCUUCUUCAAAAUGAGGAUCAUUCAACUAAGAAAAAACCGAGUGGUGAAGGUUGUUUUGGGAGCUGCAUGUCUAUUACCCUUAAUCUAUCUUCUAGCAACUUAUACCAGAGACAACAAGAAUGAAGUAUCUCAAGCUCUUGGUCUUUCAAAGCCAAAAAGAACUAACACAGUAAAAUUUGUUGAUGAGCUAGGUAACUUUGAGCCCAAAAAUAUUCCCAAAAGGACUGGGCCUGGAGAAGGAGGUGUUCCUUAUAAAUUACGAGAAGACCAGGAAAAUGAUGCGGCACAGUCUUUGUCAGAGUAUGGUAUGAAUAUUGCCUUAUCCAAUGAGAUAUCAUUGGAUAGAAAUAUUCCUGACACAAGAUUAUCUGAAUGCAAGCAUUGGAAUUACCCUGAAGAUCUUCCUCAAGCAAGUGUAAUCAUUGUAUUUCACAAUGAGGGCUGGUCAGUUCUUAUGAGAACUGUCCAUUCUGUUAUUAAUCGUUCACCCCCUCAAUUUUUAAAGGAAAUUUUACUAGUUGACGAUUACAGCGAUAAGGAGGAUCUUAAAGGAAAAUUGGAUGAAUAUAUCACCCAAUUUAACGGAAAAGUGAGACUUAUCAGAAAUAAAGAGAGAGAAGGUUUAAUUCGCACAAGAUCUCGUGGAGCCAAAGAAGCUUAUGGGGAAGUCAUUGUUUUCUUGGAUGCUCAUUGUGAAGUGAAUACAAAUUGGCUUGUUCCACUUCUAGCACCCAUUUAUCGUGACAGGACUAUCAUGACAGUGCCAGUAAUAGAUGGUAUUGACCACAAAUCAUUUGAGUACCGGCCAGUUUAUCAAGAUGGCCACCAUUAUCGAGGUAUUUUUGAAUGGGGUAUGCUUUAUAAAGAAAAUGAAGUACCACCUAGAGAAGCUCAUACCCGACAGCACAACAGCGAACCUUACAAAUCUCCUACUCAUGCUGGUGGAUUAUUUGCCAUUGAUCGAAAAUUCUUCUUGUCCAUUGGAGCUUAUGACCCUGGCCUCUUGGUCUGGGGAGGGGAAAAUUUUGAACUAUCUUUCAAGAUAUGGCAGUGUGGUGGAAGUAUUGAAUGGGUGCCCUGUUCCAGAGUAGGCCAUGUCUACAGAGGAUUUAUGCCUUACAAUUUUGGAAAGCUUGCUGAGCGCAAGAAGGGACCUCUUAUCACCAUUAAUUACAAACGAGUGAUUGAAACAUGGUUUGAUGAGAAGUACAAGGAAUACUUCUACACCAGAGAACCUUUGGCUAGAUACCUUGAUAUGGGUGACAUUUCAGAGCAAUUAAAAUUGAAAGAAAAAUUAAAAUGCAAAGACUUUUCUUGGUUUAUGAAGAAUGUCGCUUAUGAUGUUCUUGACAAAUACCCAGAACUUCCACCUAAUCUUUAUUGGGGAGAGCUGAGGCACAGGUCAACUGGAAAUUGUCUUGACACAAUGGGCCAUGGACCACCAAGUAUGAUGGGUCUUUCACACUGUCAUGGUGGGGGUAACAACCAGCUAAUACGUCUGAAUGCCAAAGGUCAAUUAGGCGUAGGUGAAAGAUGUAUUGACGCUGACUCAUCAGGUGUGAAACUCAUCUUUUGUAGACUAGGCACUGUGGAUGGUCCAUGGCAGUAUGAUGAGACCACUCGCACCAUGCUUCAUACUGGACACAAAAAGUGUAUGGCAGUUCAUCCUCAGACCAUGCAACUAAUUCUUGCCCCCUGUGAUGUGAAUGAUACAUAUCAUCAAUGGAAUUUCAGAGAGAUUCAUCCCAAGUGGUAAACAAUUACAGACUUGCUAUUGAAGCCAAAAUCUAAAAUAUUUUAAGCAGUUGGGACUAGUGAAAAACAUGAACCCCAUUUUGGGAGGGGAAUGUACUUGAGUAAAUAGGAGAACAUUUGAAAAGUAGAAUAGAAAAACAAGUUGGAGAUUUUUCCAUGUUUGUAUAUUUUGACAUUGUUUGACUGAUAUGUUAGACUGAAACAUUUAAAACAACACUUACCUUGCACCUUAGUGCAUCAAUUUAGUAGGGUGACAACCUUUUUUAAAAAUUUGUUUAUGCAUUUUGUUAGCUAUUUUUAAUUUUCCAUAAUGCUCACUUAAAAUUGGAACUUGUCAAAUAAAAUUUAUGUUAAAUGCUGAA